AUGGCUCACAGUCCGCUCCCUCAAGAGAUCCUCCUUCUCUUGUGCGAGUGGCAAGCAUUGCCCUCGAACAACUAUACAGGUAGCAUUCAUGAAUCAUCCCCAGUGGUCGUGUCAGAGUCCUACGACAAGGUCAAACUGGCCAGACUCUGGAAGUCUAUUCUUCUAUCGAGCCUUGGCCAGACGGCAUUCCCCUACUGCACCUACAUCCAAUCUCUGUCAUUGGGCAGCUAUGGAUCUUUACUAGAGGACAUUUCGCGCGACACCACAAUUCGGCCUUGGCUGUUUGACCCUCAGGAAAACAUGGAGCAGUUCCUCGUACUCCGUGACAAUCAGAAACCCAAAAGGCCGACGAGGAAUCAAGCCAUGCCAUUCAUUGACUUCUCGAAAACGAUGAUCAAAUGCGGCGACUUUUUCACACAACGCAUCAAACAAAUGGCUGAUCAGUCCAAGACCUCGGUAGCGUUGGUUCACCUUGAAGGCAUCACGAUUCCAGAACAGAUCUUGUCGACCUGGCUUACCCGCCUGCCCUCGCUUGUCUCGCUCCAAUUGCAAGACGGCUCGGUCUUGACAGCGCAGGCUGCCAGUGCCAUAUACGAGCACUGUCCCAACUUUUCCGAGAUAAACUGCCUCUCCUGCGCUGGUGGCCAUGCAGACCAGGACAUGGCUAGCUUCCUUCGAGCCCUGCGACCAAAUACUCUGGAGCAAUUCGAAAUUAUUAGCAUGAAUCAUAUAGGGGAGCUAACCUUGACGGCUCUAAACGCCCAUUCUGACUCUUUGAAAACGUUGAAACUUGGUAGCCUGUCAUCAGAAGCAAUGAGAUGCCUCAACGUGCUGGCGGGCUGCACAACGCUUGAAAUCCUGCAGAUCGAGAACAGAAGAGACGACCCAGCUGACUUGAAGGUGUUGAGUGAAGAACUCUUGAAAGAGAUCACAACGUGGAUCCAGAAUUGCACAAAUCUCAGAGAGCUGAACCUCAGCAAUAUUAAAGAUGCCCUACCCAUCACCAAGGAGGUGCUCAGCAUGCCAUCUACAAGGCUGUCCACCUUGAGCCUUCAGGGAUUCAGCUCUCAUGGGGAACUAGACUCCGCUGCCUGGGAAGCCCUAGCUCGUCAAGAGACCUUGGAGAAUCUUACUAUAGGUGGGCUGCAUGAUACACCCGAUGGACUUGGACCGAUCAUCCACGAAAGUCCCCCCUUGACCCAGUCAAUCUGCAAACUGCGGAACCUCAAAACCCUCAACUUGACCAAAGCCAUUGUGCGGACCAUCGAUCUUCGCUUGAUUGUUACGGCAUUACCUGAGUUGACGGAGCUGAGUUUUGGUGGCGACUGGAUAGACGAUCAGAUCCUGGAUUCGCUCAGUGCUCUGCGGCACCUCAAAGUCCUGCUUAUCAACGCCUUCUCGGUCUUUACGUACGAUGGUCUCCAGGCUUUCGCUCGUCGUCUGGACCCAAAUCUACAUAAAGGUAUCAGCGUUGAUAUCCUCAAUCAAAUAGGCAACUGGAAAUUUAGUCCAGAGGACGAGGCCCGAUUAUCGAGUUACUUUAGUUCUACAUUGGAAGGAAAGAUCGAGAUCGCUGUGUUCCGAGACCCAGAUGAAGCCCAUGAGAGCGACUUUUCGGUCACUUCCGACUGA